GGCAGUGCAAACGAAACUGUUGAGAUGUGCGCUUGUAAGCAAAAACGAGCCUCCUUCCUCAUCGAAGACAUACUAUGCGAGACGAAACCUCAAAAGCAAUUAAACCAUGAACCAUUGGAUGCGGUAAAGUGUAGCAGAAAACCAGAAGCAGUAACUUAUGGACGAGAGUUAGAAAUGGCUAAAUUAAAAGUCAAUCUGGAACAGAGAAGGAACACAUAUCCUGUAUAUCCGACGCCUAUCAAGGCGAACAUACCCUGGAGUCCCUACCGGUUAAAAAACUCCGGGUACCCAAUGGACCGCCACCCGAUGAGCUACUACAGUGAGCCGAUGCUAAAGUCAGAACAGAUACUGAGGAACCAGUUAGCUGUGAACAGAUUUGUGACCAACCCGUACAGUUUACGGCAAGUUUAUGGAGUGCCACCAUCGUGCUGCAGCCCAUGGUGGGGCGUGGGCGGGCGGAGGAAGGGCGGGCAGGUGCGGUUCAGCGCGGCGCAGACGGGCGCGCUGGAGCGGCGGUUCAACGCCAGCAAGUACCUGAGUCCCGACGAGCGGCGCGCGCUGGCGGCGUCCUUGCGACUGAGUGAUCGACAGGUAAAAACUUGGUUCCAAAACCGUCGCGCGAAGUGGCGGCGCACGACGCCCGAGGUGGCGGACGCGGGUAGCCCGCCCACCGCCGACGACUCCGACGACGACGUGCAGAUCGCUGACGACGACUGACCAUGACCACGAGCAGCAUACCCGACUGAACAAUA